CCGAAUCAAAUCACACCUAAAUUAUAUAGAUCCAUCAGUGGCAGUUUGCCGGUCGCACAACGUGUAUCUUUUUAUAAUGAAACCAAACGAUACUUUAUCAGCCUUCUCACUUCUCUUGUGCGUCCUGAUUCUUUCCGCUGGACACGGCGAACUGCUUUUUAAUCCGGAUGACAAUGUGGAGCAGUUGGAUUUCGCAUCAUUCGAGUCCGGACUUAGUGAACCAACGACUGGGAAGCUGGUGCAGUUCUUUAACGGAUUCUGCGAGGAGAGCCAGAAUUUUAUACCAGCCUUUAGGAAUCUAUCACGUAAACUUUACCGGUGGCACCGCGUACUGAAAGUCCAUGUACUUGAUUGUGGAAAGGAUGAGAACGAUGGGAUUUGUAGCAUUUACAGCAAUCGUAAAACGCCAACACUACGAUAUUUUCCACCGAGUUAUAAGCUAGCACCAGACGACCUGGGCACCGAGAUCACUCAUCGAAAACCCAAAGAAAUACAGACCAAUCUGGCCCUAAAUCUUCAAAAAUUGGAUUACUUCAAAAUGUUUAACCGGCAGGACAAUGUGACUCAUAUAUUUCGAACUCACAAGGACGUUGAGUACGUUGCUUUCGUUUUCCAAAUGUGUUUAGACCACUUUCUGCCGCACUUGGAAACAGGCAACUCCAUGGAGGAAAAGUAUGCCUCUCAGGGCGAUUGCAAUGAGGAUAAUCCAAUAGUUUCGGUGAUCGGAAGAAACACCCUUCUUGAGUUGCUGCCCUACAGGGAAGUGGUUGUGCGGAUCUUCGACAAUCAUGAUGUUUACAACAAAUUUGGCAUAUCACCCGUGCCCAACUUAGUGGUUCUGGUAAAUAGAGCUGGGAAAUUCCUAUUUCUCACACCCGAAAUGGAUAGCAGUAAGGCUUAUGUGGCUGCCAUUAAGCAAUUCUUGAUCUUCGUCGACCUGAAGCCCCAGAAAGCAUUGCCCAAAACCCCACCUGCCAACAUAAGUGAAGCCCUAAGGUAUGAGAUACUCGAGCAACACAAGCAUCAUCCCUCUCGAAUCUAUCGAGCCGAUCUGGAACGGGCUAUCGAUCAAAUCCUUAACGUGGAGUUCCCGGGAACAUCGCACUUUGCCGGAACUAAAAUAGUUGUCCUGCGAAAUUUUGUUAAACUGAUAUACAACUUAAGUCCCUUAAAGCCAAAGGCGCGGGAAAAGCUGGCAGAUCUGUAUUAUUCCCUGCGAGUGAAGAAGCAACUUUCCGGAGUUGGAUUCAAGAACUUGCUGCUGAAAUCAGUAAAGAAUUACGUGUUUGAUGGAAAGCAAUAUGUUGGUUGCAUUGCCUCACGUCCUUCGUUGCGCGGCUUCAAUUGCUCCCUUUGGAUUCUAUUCCAUUAUCUUAGUGUGGAGUCGGAAAAGCUUAAGCCCAGAUCCGUGUUGUUAGUAUUUCUCGGCUACGUGCGAUUCUUUAUGAACUGCAAGGAGUGUGAUAUGAAGAUAAGCGAGUUCAAAAAGCUCCGACCAAUUGCAAAUGUGACCAAUGAUGAUGAACAGAUUUUGUGGCUCUGGGCAGCGCAUAAUUAUGUCAACAAACAGUUGGCCGGCGAUUCUACAGAGGAUCCGCAAUUCCCAAAGAUUCAGUUUCCAAGCGAAAGAGAUUGUCCCAAUUGUAGAAACAACGCGACCGAAUGGCGCACCGAAGAAGUAUUGCACUAUCUGAAAGGUAUAUAUGUCUUAAAAAACCUAAGUUGGUUCGGAAUGUCAUCCGGAAAACAUGCAAUUGAAUAAACAAAAUGUAACUUUGUAAUA